AUCCAAAUGACCCCUGGCAAGUAUUUGAAGGAUGGGGAACGAGUUUAUGCUGGUGGGCAAAUGCGUUAGGUGGAUUUCCUGAUAUUAGAAACCAAGCUGCAGAUCUAGUGUUUGACCUUAAUAAGGGAUUGGGAUUAAAUGUUAUUCGAUAUAAUAUUGGAGGAGGAGAUAAUCCAAAUCAUCAUCACAUGAGAAUUGGGGGUGAUGUGCCAGGUUUUCGGCCGUGCGAAAAUUGUGAUUAUAAUUGGACCUCUGAUGCAAAUCAAAGAUGGAUUUUACUUGCUGCGAAGGAGCGUGGUGCUGAUAUCUUUGAGGCAUUUUCCAAUAGUCCUCCAUAUUGGAUGACCAAUAGUAACUGCUCUUCUGGAGGUCAAAACAGCGCCAAUAACCUCAAUCCCGACUACUACGCUAAAUUUGCUGAUUAUCUGACUGAAGUUGUUAAAUGGUAUAAAGAAGAACAAGGACUUACUUUCAGAACUCUAGAACCAUUCAAUGAACCAACAACUGGACUUUGGGAUGAAUUUGGUUCCCAAGAAGGAUGUACUUACAACUAUUUAGCAAUGGCUGAAGUUAUUGACACGGUCGGUGCUUAUCUUAACAAUAAAGGCCUCUCAAACACAACAUCCGUUUCAAUCGCAGAUGAAGGUUUAUUUGAAGGAGAAAUUGCUACCAUUGUUGAAAUUUUUGUCUUAAAUAGUAUUGGCAUGUCAUAUGUCAGUCAGUACAAUACACAUGCUUAUUACGGAAUUUCAAGAACACAUCUUUUUGAUAUAGCAAAAAAUGAUGGUAGGAGACUUUGGAUGAGCGAAUGGGGAUCUUGGUCAUCAAAAAACAUGUCCGCAAGUAUUCAACUUUCUGAAGAAAUUCUAAAUGAUAUGAGAAAUCUUAAGCCUGUUGCAUGGACUUAUUGGCAAGUAAUUGAGCAUGCUCCUAAUGGCACUUAUGGUAAUGACUAUGGCUUGAUUGGUGCAGAUUUUAGUAAUUCAACCACUCCUCUAGACAUACGUCUAUCAUUUUAUGGAUUUGCUCAAUACACUAAGUUCAUUCGCCCAGGAUAUCAAAUCAUUUCUUCUGAUGAUUCUAAUACUCUUGCCGCACAAGAUGCCAGCAAAAAAACGCUUGUUUUAGUUUGCACAAAUAAUAAUAAUAAUACAUCAGACGUUUGGAAAAUUAAUGUUUCUAAGUUUAAUAUCAGUUCAUUUAACGCUUACCGCACAUCUAAUGACAAUGAAACACUUAAGUUACUACCAAAUAUAUGGAAUAUUACUGAUG